AUGAAUCUUAAUAACGGACAAACUCUGACCGUUGGUGGACAGGACUUGACCAGGAAUGGCAGCAACAGCAGGAGCAGCAAUCGAGCCCCCUGCGAAGAUGCUGGGAUAGUUUUGAAGCCCUCCACCCCCACCAGGAAACCUAAACCACCUAAGCCGGAGAAUGCCAUCACUAUCGCUGUUUCGUCGAGAGUCCUCUUCAACAUGGAGAAGGAGCAGCAGAUUUACGAGCAGCAAGGCAUGGAGGAGUACAUCAAGUAUCAGGUGGAACAUGAAACGGAGCCUUUCAGCCCUGGCCCUGCCUUCUCCUUUGUCAAGGCUCUGGAGGCUGUGAACACUCAACUGAGGGAGCUUUAUCCCGAGAGCGAGGAGCUCUUUGAUGUGGUGCUCAUGACCAAUAACCACGCAUAUGUUGGCCUGCGACUCAUCAAUACCAUUAAUCACCACCAGUUGUUCAUCGAGCGCUUCUGUAUGACUGGGGGAAACAGUCCCAUAGGUUACCUGAAGGCUUACCACACUAACUUAUACCUGUCUGCUGAUGCAUCAAAGGUUCGAGAAGCUCUGCAGGAAGGUAUAGCAGCAGCCACCAUGUUCACCCGAGAGAAGAUGAAGGAAGUGUCAGAGACUCAGCUGCGUGUUGCAUUCGAUGGCGACGCCGUCCUCUUCUCUGAUGAGUCCGAACGCAUUUUUAAGGCCCACGGACUGGACAAGUUCUUUGAGCAUGAGAAGGCACACGAAAACAAGCCACUGGACCAUGGGCCACUGAAGGGCUUCCUGGAGGCUUUAGGAAAGCUGCAGAAGAAGUUUUAUGGCAAAGGCCAGCGCAUGGACUGCCCUAUCCGCACCUACCUGGUGACAGCUCGCAGCGCAGCCAGUUCUGGUACCAGAGCCCUAAAAACUCUUCGCUCAUGGGGACUAGAGAUUGAUGAGGCUCUCUUUCUGGCAGGGGCACCCAAGGGUCCCAUGCUAGAGAAGAUCCGACCACAUAUUUUCUUUGAUGACCAGAUGUUUCAUGUGGAAGGAGCAGCGGAGCUGGGGACAGUGGCCUGCCAUGUGCCCUAUGGGAUUGCUCAGAGGGUUGCUAAGAAAGAAAUUAAGGACAAAGAGACAUCUUCAGCACUCAAGUAA